GCAGCAUCAGAACAGCAGGAAAGCUGACGUUUCGGGCCUAUCCUAGUAGCUAGAGAAACCCUAAACUUAUUUAAAAGGAACCUGAAUCUGCACCCACAAGUUGACAGUCCAGGUGCUGGUGAGCGGUACUAGAAUGGGUAGCUAGUUUAUUCUACUGGCUCAGACAUGAUUGGCUGAAUAGUUUUUUUUCUGUGCUGCAAUUGUUCUAAGAUGUGUGGUGUACCCCAGAUUGCUGUGUUCGUGCUCCCCCUUUAAAGGCGAGAAAGUAACUUUCCUACCAAAUGUAGCACAAGGUGAGUGGAGCGAUCUGCCCUGGCUAUAAAUGAUUGAAGUUUCUGUCUCAUUGAACAGGGCAAUGAUAUCCGACAGGAGCUGCUAUCCCUCUGCAACGACCUCCCGUCUGGCCUCGAUGGUAUUGCUGAGGGGACCAGUGAUCUUACUGAUGCCCUGGAACUGUAUGAAGCCUGUGUGGAGUUUGUGUGUGGCAGUGUCUCCGAACCCAUUGCUCCCUUGCUGAAACACGUUCAACUGAAGGGAAACACAACUGUCUAUGAGUGGAGAACUGGACAGGCACCUUCAGCCAUUGAGCGGCCAGUUAACGUGGAGGUACAACAACCAACAGAGCCCACAGACAUGAUUGACUGGGGAAAUGACGGGGUGUCUGGAGUGGAUCAGUCAGGUGAUAUCGAUUGGGGAAUCACAGUAGAAGAGAGCACUGAGGUGAACAACGAGGAGCAAGCUGCUGAUGUGAUCGACUGGGGAGAAGAUACAAGUGCUGCUGUGGAAAUUGACAUUGUGCAGUCUGGGACUGAAGGUGAUGAUGGAGUGGCAAAGGGGAAUGAUGCUCUAACUAUCCUGGAAAACUUGGAAACCAGGAACCAGUUCAUUAAUGAACUCAUGGAGUUACAGGAUUUCUUGAGCCAGAGACUUGUGGAGAUGAAUGAGGAAGCAGACAUCCUCUCCAUCAACCAGUUUCAGACAGCCCCAGCUAUUGUCCAGAGUCAGGAUGUCACCAAGGUUGUUGCCAUGACAACGCUAGUGAAGGACCUCAUCCAGAGACUGACCAAUGUAAAGAUGCGGCAUCUCUUCAUGAUCCUUGCAUCCCCCAGGUACAUAGACCGUGUGACUGAGCUCCUGCAACAGAAGCUGAAACAAGCAGGCACUGUGGGAGAAAAGCAGCAUCUGAUGGUCAAGAAGCGACAACAAUCUCUGGAGGAGCAAGCUGCCCUUGAACCCAAACUGGACCUUCUAAUCCAGCAAACCAAAGAGCUUCGCAAGCUAAUUGAGGCCGAUAUCUCCAAACGGUACCAGAACCGCCAGGUGCACCUGAUGGGGGUCAUUGUCUAAUGAUGAGUUGCUUGGUGCCUGGGUCCCGUGGACGCUCCUGCUCACCCUGAAUUCGCUGGUACUUGCUUGUGAACUUUCUGCUCACACCAAAGACUGAAAAUAUUACUGAGGAUUUAAAAUGAAAACGAAUGAAAUGAAGACCCUAAUCUCCGAUCACUAGUGUACUUUCGGAACUGUGAGGUGUUUAAAGACUGAAAUUCGCUGUGUCAUGGAGACAUGGAAGGGAAAGAUUUUUAAAGCCCUCAAGUAUUACUGAUAUACAAGGAGGUUUAUAUUUGUUAACAUUUUGUUACUGAAUAAAUUGCAAUUUCUCCCUGUGAGGACUAACUGUUUAACUCAGUUUUAAAUUAUAGUCCUCAUUGACUGUCACUGAUUAAUAUUUACACUGUGAAGGGCAGCCUGUGACUCAAAAAAUUGGCCACAUUUAGGGGCCACAGCUCAGUUUCUGAAUCCCCAGUUGAAUCAGCUUGUGGAGCUGUGAUAUCAGUGUACACUGCUGCAUGAUGUAUACAAACAUGCAGAUCCCACACACAAACCUCUGCACAUGGACUUACUCGGAGACACUUGCGUAGAAGGGUUGUUUGUUCUGUACUCUGCCGUUCACUGGCAACAUCACUAAUUAUUAAACCUAAUAAUAAAUUACUAUUUAAAUGAA